AUGGCGUCGAACUUCAAGAAGAAUCAACCGUCAGUUGUUCCUUUGUUCCUUUGGCCUGAAACUCAACUUUUUUCAGAGAAGAGAAGAAAACUUUCUUCAAGAUUAUAAAAGCUAUGGCGGCCGUGACCAGGUUCUCACUAGUUUUGAUUAAUUUUUUUGUUGCCCGAUCAUUUUCGGGCUAACACUUUUUGAAAACAAUAAAAUGUUCCACACUUUAAGAUUAGGCUGGAGACAGUACAUUUUUUGAAACACAGGCAGUUUAUGAGAUAAAAGUGACAGCCAAAAGUCAACUUUGCUAGGCGCCUUGUUCGAUCUUGAUUUUUCUCCCUGUUUCUCGAAAAUCACACUCUUUCCAGCAAUCCUUUACCGAAGCCGUCCAAAAGGACCGAUAAUAAAUACCGAAAAGGAGGUUUUUUUUCCAUCUCAUUUUUUUAUUAAUAGUCGGAAACGUUCAGACGAAGACGGGAGCAAAAGAGCGCGCAAAAAGAAGAGUUACUGUCCAAGUGUUCGUUUUUUCGCUAUACUAGAAAAUUUUAUACAACACAAAGUAGAAUUUUUUCAAAAUUUGAAUCGCUCAGGCUGUAGAAGCGCAAACGAUCGAGGCUGUUCAAGAUAAGCAACAUUCGCAUACACAACAACAUCCACCGGACACGGCCUUGAUUUUUGAUUUGAAAGCAGAGCUAGCUGUGAGUUUUUCUUUUCAAGGCUAUGUUGAAAUGGUGGGUUUUAUAGCAUCAGAAAAGGAAAUAGUUUUCUUCAAACAAUUUUUGUUUUGAUUUGUUUUUUUUUUCAUCAUCAAAGUCAGAAGUGAAGCGAGAAAUUGUUUUCCUUCCCGAAAUUUAUAUGAAAGAGCGAUGUAGCUGCGAGACUUUGACGAUGUCCCGGCAAGAAGUUUUCUGCGAACUCCUGCGAGAUAGUCUGUAGUCUUGGGUGUUAUCAGCAGCGAACUUGCUGAAGAUUGAUUGAAACGUGUUCAUAGAUGAGAAUAACUACUAGGUAGAUACUUCCAAAUCUGCGUUAGCUAAUCGGUAGUAAGUUAUCAGCUAACAGGUAUCUAUGACAUGGUGGAGUAAUGUUCAGAUUUUAAAUGUCAAGUGCAAUGAAGUUCUUUAAAAACACUUUGUGGAUGGUUCGCUCUCUGAUUGGUUUAUCGCACCAUUAGGGGCUGAGCUUGAGCGACGACUUGACAUUCAAAAUUUGAACAGACUAUAUAACGUAUAAAGGAACCUCGCCCAGUUGUAGGAUCUUUUUAUCGAAAUUUCCACUUUCAGAUGCACGCAUUUGUGAAUCAGACACUGAACACGGGCGUAGCGGCCCUGAGAUCCGAGUACCGAGUAGUGGCGCAGAUGAGGAUCAAUAUAGUGGCCACUUCGUGUCAGGCGAAUCCGACUCGCAACCGCUACCAGGACGUUCCCUGUCAGGAGCAGAAACGCGUCAAACUCGACCUUCCAAACGACUACAUCCACGCCAAUUAUGUCGGAACCCAUGUCAAUGAGAAGAGAUUCAUCUGCACUCAGGUAUCGAGUUUUUGUGAAUUGAAAACGUUUUCUGUCAACAUUUACACGCCUCAAACGAAAAUCGAAAAUCAAGCAGUUUUUUUUCCAAAUAAACGAGAAAAAUGAAGGUUUGAAAAGAACCUUUAUUGUUUCGAACCUCGCUUUUAAAGAAAAAUAUUUUAAAUUACCAGCGCCUUCAGAAGAAAAUAGCCAACCGGAAACUGGCUUUCCGAAGAAAUUCAACAAAACGUAAGCACCCUCGAUUGACUUUUCAGGGUCCAUUGGACAAUACGAUUUCUGACUUCUGGCAGAUGAUCUUGCAGGAAAACACAGACAACAUCAUCAUGCUGUGCAACUGCAUUGAGACGGUUUGUCACUUAUUUAUGAGACACCCAGUUUUCUUUCAAAAACUUCUUCCUCCAGUUUCGGAUGUCGAUGGAAUAUAUGAAAAAUUGCAGGGGAAGAUCAAAUGUGCCGAGUACUGGCCGCAGCAGACGGGCCAGACGAUGCAGUUCGGGCCGUUCUCCAUCACCAAUCUGGGGGUCAUAGUUGAGUCGCUGCCACUCUCACCACCUUUCAUCACUUUUUUCAGAAAAAGUGUCCAAACAUAUUCUCAGUUGAAGCAAACAUACAACUCACAACGCUUUUGGUGAAAAAAGAAGAUAAAGAACGCGAGGUUCAGUUGUUUUCCUUCUGA